CAAAUUCCUUUACGUAAGGUGUAAAAAGCACUUUCCAUUCUGAAGAUGUAUUUAGGACAUAUGAUUAGAAUAAUAAAAAUUCCAAUGAAUUCGAAAUCGUUACCUCUGGUUAUAUGUUUCAUUAAAAGUUAAUAUGUUUUCGACAAAAUAACGUUAUGGUAUAGGUACUCCGAUGCUUCUAAUUAACGGAAUACCUCUGAAUACCGGUAUUUUGGAAUCUAUUAGAUUUUUUUCACCUAACAUCAGUAUUAUCUGAAGAUCAGGAAGCAACUGAAGAGGGCUCCGUGUUUAAAAAUGACGAUGAGAACGUUAUCUAAAUGUGUCGGUAUUUUGAAAACAUGCUAUCCAGCAAAUCGUGUUAGUUUCGACAAACUUCGUACCAGGAACAGUUCAACAUUUCUUCGUGGUUUUCCACAAUUCGCUUACAUGAUGGAUAACUCAAGACCCGUUUCAACUGCUCUCCCAAAAGAGAAACCAAAAAAACCAAUAUUAGUUAGCAAAGAGGAAAUAGAAGAGUUCGAUAACAUUUUUCCCGAUUUGGUAAAAGACUUGGUAACUAACGAAGAGUUCGGAAAUUUAACGGAAGUAACGUCCAGAUUAACUAAAUCUUUAACUUAUAAUGUGCCCCAUGGUAAAAAGAACAGAGGUUUGGCUGUUGUUGCCUGCUACAAGAUUUUGGAGAAAUCGGAAAAUUUAACAUCUAAAAAUGUUAGAUUAGCGAAUAUCUUAGGAUGGUUGAUAGAAAUGCUGCAAGCUUUCCUUCUGGUUAUGGAUGAUAUAACCGAUGGAUCAGAAACAAGGAGAAACCAACUUUGCUGGUACAAGCUUGAAAAUAUAGGAUUAACCGCAAUAAAUGAUGGUCUUAUAUUAGAAAACUCCGUGUAUUUAUUACUAAAGAAGCACUUCAGUCAACAUCCGUCUUAUCUUCACCUGAUGGAAUCUUUCCUUGAUGUUACAAGGAAGACCAUUAUGGGCCAGAUUUUGGAUUGCAACAUUGUGGGCAUGGAAACCCUAAGUAUGGAAAGAUAUGAGCUUAUUGCCUACAAUAAGACAGCCCACUAUUCAUUCUUUUUGCCGGUUUCGCUGGCUUUGUAUCUGGCUAAUUAUAGGGAUCCCGAAAUCCAUCAAGAAGUCAAACUUGUGCUGUUGGAAAUGGGAAAAUUUUUCCAGAUUCAGGAUGAUUAUUUGGACUGUUUUGGAGAUCCAGAAGUAACGGGAAAGAUAGGCACAGACAUUGAAACAGGAAAAUGUACUUGGCUAGCUGCCAAAGCCCUGCAACUGGCCUCUCCAAGCCAAAAAAAGAUAAUGGAAGAGAAUUACGGCAUAGAUAAUCCGGUUAACGUUAAGAAAAUCAAGGAUUUAUAUGAUGAAUUGGGCAUGGUCGAGUUGUAUGCUCAGUACGAAGAACAAAGUUACAGCGAAAUUCAGUCUAUGAUUCAGGAGUUGCCAAAGAAGGUGCCAACGGAAAUGCUGCAGAAGAUGAUUGCGGUUAUUUAUAAAAGGAAUGCUUGAAAAGGAUGUCGAACGAUGAGUAAGGGCAUUUUUAUACACAACGAAUUAGCAAGUAUUUGAAGAUUGAUGUUGAGAAAUUUAGUAUUCUUCCAUUCACUAAAAUCAGAAGUGAGUUACGUUUUUCUAUUCUUAUGUAAUUCUAACUUCAAUAAGAAAUCAUUUUUUCGAAUACUUUAUCUUUUUACAAUUUAUUUCAUAUAGGAAGACUGACAUUCACCAAAGUAUUUUUAAAACAAAUCAUUUCGGCAGCCAGUAAAAAAGUAGAGAAAAAGUUGAUCUAAGUAUAAAUAUAUUUUUUCCAAUAUGUGAAUGGUGUAGGUUUAUGUUUCUAUGAGUAUUAUCCUGUUUUUUUUUAUGUAUUUAUGUAUUGUUGAAACUCAAUGUUACAUCUUCUUUCAAUAAGUGGUACAAACAAUAAAUAGUAAUAAUAGUUUUUAUUACUCUAAAUAUAUUAAGUUACAGAGGCUCCAUUAAUUCCUUUUAACUCUAAAAAUAGUCCAAUAAUUUCUAAACUCUAAAAACACGAAAUUUUAAGAGUUCCUUUUAAGAAUUGGUACUCAAGUAAAUACACUUCAGUUACUCUAAAAAUGUGAGUUUUUAGAGUUUAAGAAAACUCUAAAACGUUAGUUUCAACAGAGGCAUGACCAAUGAUGAGUGGUAACAUUAAAUUUAAAUUAUUUAAUUUUUUAAUUAAUAAGUUAUGUUGAUCCAUGAGCUACUUAAAUAAAUUCAAAUUUUUAA